AUGUCAUCUGAAGCUACACCUGUAUCAACAACUACUUCCAAACCUCACAAAGAUGGGAAAUCAACUCAUUUGUUUGUUUUAAUUCAUGGCUUAUGGGGCAGUCCAAAUCACAUGCGCACCAUUGAACGAUAUAUAAAAGAAUCAUUACCUAGCACUACAACUGAUGAAAUAACCACACUUAAACCAGCAAGUUUUAGAUUUUGGAAAACAUACGAUGGCUUAGAUCUCAAUUCACGAAAAAUCAUUACAGAAAUCUUUUACGAAAUUGAAUCAUUACGUGAAAAGAAUGGUUUAACAGUUACCAAAAUUAGUUUUAUUGGAUACUCAUUGGGUGGAUUAUUGGCACGUUAUGUCAUUGGACUUUUGAAUGAGUUGGAGUUUUUUGAACAAGUUGAACCAGUAUUCUUUUCCACAUUCGCUACACCGCAUAUGGGAGUUGAAUUUUUCCGGGACAAUAUAUUUGAUAAUGUUGCCAAUAUAGUUGGUCCCUUUUUGUUUGGUAAAUCAGGUGGUCAGCUCUUUUUAGCUGAUAAUGAGAAAAUCUUGGUCAAGAUGGCUGAUCACAAGCAAAAAUUUUAUCAAGGAUUGGCUAAAUUUCAAAAACAUACGUUGUUGGCAAAUGUUCGAAAUGAUAGAACGGUGGCAUUUUUCACAUCCUUUAUAACCCUGUAUUCUCCAUUUGAUGAAUUUGACUUGGUGAAAAUAAAGUACUUGAAGAACCUCCCAGAGACGAAAAUUGCUGGUAAACUAGUUAGACCCAAAAUUGUUGACUUGGCAAGGUCACAUAAAUUGGCUCAUGAUGAUUCCAAAUUGUUUCCUGGCAAUUUACAAGAGGAGACACCAUUUGUUCGAAAGAAUAAAUAUGCACGUGUGUUGGUGAUUGUUGCUUUAGUCAUGUUGAUUGUGCCCUUGUGGAUCCCGUUUAUAUUGACAACAAGCACAAUGGUGUCUGUAUACAGUUUUGUCAAAGUGAGGAUUCAUAGACUUCCUAAUAUCAAGGAGCAUUGGUCAAGAGUUAUAAAUUACGUGUACAAAGAUAAACCUAUGGAUCCUCAAGAUGCGGAAGCUAGUCAAAAACAACGUGAAAAGCGUAAGCAAGUUGCUCAGCAUGAAAGCUUUAAAGGCGAUACUUCACACAUUACUGAAAAUGCAAUGGAAGGAAUGCUUUAUGCAGAAGAACACUUUUUACAUAGAAGCAAGAGCUCAGGGUCAGUGAUUCCAGAAGGUGAUGCAAACAAUGAAGAUUCAGAAGACGGGGAGGAUAGCAACGAAACUAUAACCAAUGGAGUUGAAAAGGACACUAGCUUGCAAUCGAUCUAUCCCGAUAGCCGGACAUCAGUUAAACUGGUUGAAAUUAACUUUAAAGCCAAUGAUGAAAUUAUGCAGACGCAAUCGCUGCGCCUUCAAGACAACUCGAAAAUUUCUUUGUUCACAAAGGAGUCGGAAUUAAAGUUGGAUGAAGAAAAGAGAUACAUCAUGGACUCUUUGAAUGAGUUGAAUUGGAUCAAAAUACCGGUGUUUCUUGAUGUUUGGAAUUCUCAUGAUGGCAUUGUUAGUCGGAGAGGUCCUAAAACCAACCCUAAAGGAGCAGCCACCAUUGGAGUUUGGGUUUCGAUAUUGAGGAAUCACUUGCAGGAGGAAAGGGGAGCCAAAUCUUUGAAGACUUAG